AUGUCACUUACCACCAGAUAUGAACGACGCAAGAUUAUUGAUAAAAUAUCAUCGCAUAUCGACUCUAAAAAAGCCAGUAAACUAGCAGACAAGGCAAUUGCACUAGCACAGGAGCAUGUGUCCAAAUCAAAAUCAACAAAACGGAAACAUGAUGCUGAUAAAGAAAAGGAUUAUAAAAGAUCACGGUAUGAAGAAAAAGAAGACAAAGAAAGAAAUGACAAGAAAGAUGAGAAUGGGAAGGAAAAAGAAUUUGGUAAUGGUACUGAGAUGCCGACCACUUUGCCAGCCGGGGAGACUGUUGGUUCAAAGAUGACCGGGUUAAGUGCUGAUAGGAUCAAAGUAAUGAUGGCGAACGCUCAGAAAGAGAUAGAAGAGCGUAAAAAAGCUCUUGUAGCUCUUAAAGGUGUGAAACCAGGUGUCAGCGUGGCUGCUGCAACUGCACAGCAGCUGAAAGCACAACUGCAUAACGCCAUCCCACCGCCUAGCGUCAUAAAACCUGUAUUAUAUUCUAAACCUGACGCUGGUGCCGUGUCCGCCGAAGAGCUGGAGAAGCAGCGGAAAAUUGCAGAACUACAAGCUCGAAUACAGAGAAAACUGGCAGGUGGAGCGCUCGCCAGUGCAUCUAUAGGCAGUCCGUCGGGUCCUGCUCCUCUGAUCCUGGAUAGAGAAGGCCGUACUAUAGACACUAGUGGCAAGAGAGUGCAGCUGACCCAUGUCGCACCUACUCUAAAGGCCAACAUCCGGGCCAAGCGGCGCGAGGAGUUCCGCGCGCAGCUGUCGGGGCAGGCGACCAGCGAGCCCACGCCCAGCGACGCGGCGUGGGUGGACCCGCGCGUGGCCGCCAAGCCGGCGCAGCGCGCCAAGCGGGCGCUCAAGUUCCACGAGCCCGGCAAGUUCCGGCAGCUCGCCGAGCGGCUCCGCAUGAAGGCACAACUCGAGAAACUUCAAAACGAGAUAUCCCAAAUAGCUCGCAAGACUGGCAUAUCUUCAGCGACCAAACUUGCUUUGCUGUCAGCAGAUGCGCAAGACUCCGACAGAGUACCAGACAUUGAAUGGUGGGACAGUGUAAUUUUAAUGACGCCAGACGAAAGAGAAGCGAAGCGAAGAUCCAAACCAGAGAACUUAGAAGACACAAGAAGCGACACCAUGCGUGUGAGCGCUUGCAACGUUGGAGCUGACGACAUCGUCGAUAAUGUAAACGAGGACGCCAUUACCAAUUUAGUUGAGCAUCCGCAGCAAUUACGACCGCCAAGUAAGUAAUAAGCUAAGUGAACAAUGUGAGCCCAAGU